ACAAUUGCAGUAAUAAUUAAUUGCUGCUUAGUUAAAUGCGGAAAAAAUAUAAAGUUUUUUUAAUUAAAAAAUUUGCCUCAAAACAAAUUUUCAAAAAAGAUUUUACAUUUCUUUUCAUUUUUAAAAUAGAUUUUACUUUUUUUAAUUUAUCAAGUUAAAAUUUUUUAAGCUUUUAAGUUAAAAAAAAAUUAUAUUUUUUUAGAAAGCUAAUUUUUUUAAUAUUUUUUUUUCUUAAAUAAAUUUUUAAAAAUUUCCAACAUUAAUUAUUAAUAUUUUAUGGUUGAAAAUCUGCUUUUACUACGAAAAACUAUUUUAAAAUUGUGCAAUAAAAUACUAAACUUGCAAUUUAACCACCAAAUAAAAAUAACUUACAAAUACAAAACAAAAAAAGCAAAAACCAGAGAAAAUCAAAGCAAUUGAUGUAAAAAUUAUGAUGCAAAUACACAAUAAUACGCCUAUAUAAAAUAUAAAACUUAUAUAUACAUACAUACAAGUAAAAACAAAAAAUAUAUACAUAUAUAUACUAUUAUAGAUAUGUACAGAGCAGAAAAAACGUUGCUUCUAAAUGUAAAACAAAGCAUGCGCUGUGCGCUAAACAACAAAAAGACGAGCAACUUAAACUGCAAAUAUACAAAACACGUCUAUAACUGCUUAUGUGUUGGAAAAAAUUGUAUAGUACACUCAAAAGGCUUAAUAUAUAUCAGUCAUUAAUAUAAUUGCGCAACUAUUGGCAGCACACAAGCUACAAUUCGUCUCAAUAUGCAUAUGCGCGCCUAAAAGUAGGCAACACAUUAAGUAAAACGCAACCUGCCAGUCAAAGCUACUCACAAUUGGCAGCAAGGCUUUUAUUUAUUUGCCGCUUCAUUUGAAACUUGUAAGCAUACGCAUAUAUAUAUAAAUUUUUAUUAAGAGAGAAAAUUGGAAAAAAAUGUUUGCUUAAAAUUCUGCGUUAAACAGCAAUUAAUGUAACAACGUUGGCACAUUCUGACAUACACAACACAAUACAUAAUCAUCUACAAAAUACUUGGGUAAUGUGCAUAUGAGCACUUGAAGGAUUGUUUUACUAGUAGACAAAAGCUCUUAUAUAUUGAAAGUGUCAAUGUAUUUAAAUGAUGCUGCAAGUUUUGGAGACUAUGUGCUUGCUUUGGCUUGCCAACGCACUAAGAACUCAUACAAAAUAGAUACAGCUGUUGAGUUCUUUUGCAAGUAUUCUUAUAGGAAAAUCAGUUUCGAACAUGAGAACCAUAAUUCAGGAGUUACCAUUAUCGUUUUGACUUAAAAAACCAAGAAAGAAUACAAGGUACACUCGGACUGUUGUCAGCUAGAGCUUAACCUCUGCGAGUACCGCGUUAUAGGGGAUUGUGGCGGAAGAUUUUCAAAGCGAUGCUGUUAACAAAGCAUUGAAACUCAAUGUUCUUUGACUGGAAUGGCAAUUGUUGUAUUACAUUUCUAAAUUCCGAUGCUGUCGAGGAUUUUCAUAGAACGUUCAUAGUUCACAUUCGAGAUUGUAAUAGAAGUCAAGUGAUAUACUCGCUCCGAAAUAAUUGUAAUUUGGAUUUAAAAAUAAAAAAAUCUUUAGACAACUCUGAACCCUUUUUCCGAUGCUAAAGCGAUAAAUCUUUCCGAAAGCUAUAAAAUAGUGUUGGACAACGAUUUCGAGUAACGUUUUAGGUUCUUAAACUCAAAACUUAACGCAUUUCAGACAACAAAACAGUCUGACCAUAUGUCAUAUGAGUAUUCGAAGAAGCUUUAAACUAAAUAUUGAUUUAAACAUUAAGUGGUAUGAGCGAGCAAAUAAAGAGGUAUACAUAUAUUGAAAAUAACGAAAAGGUACUUGAGCAACACACAUCACAUAACAUAUUGACUACUAUAUUUACUCAGAUAUGCUUGUGGGCGAUGCAUACCUUGCAUAGGUCCUGCCAAAUUGGGCAGCGUUAGGCGAAAUGUAUAUGAAACAAGAAUUAUAUUAUAUUAUGUAUAUGAACUGCAUUCUAUUGUAUGUAUGUAUGUAUGUAUUAACUGUGAAUUAUUUUAUAUUUAUAAAUGUAUCGUAUUUUUUUAGAAUCUCUUUACUGAAUUCUGGAUUCAAUAAAAUGCUACCGUAAAACGUGUUUAAAACUAAAUAUCAAAAGUUGUUAUUGCUGUUGUUUCAGUUGUUGUAGUAGCGGCAGAAAACAUUUCAGAAAUAAUUUUUAAAGAUAUUGCCGAGAAUUUCUCCUCCUCUAGCUGCAUUCCUGAAAACAUGGAUCACUGCGUCGCAGAGGCCACACGCUGCAGAUUUCACAUACUGACGAGAGAGAUGUGAAUGGGGAGAAGUCGCUGGAUAAAAGGCGCAGUAAGCUUCUUCACGGAUGGAUUGAAGCUAGGGUUCGCCUCUUAGAGAUUGGAGGGGUGUUUUCUGUAAAGAGCUCUCCAUUAAUCUAAACUGCCCGACCACUAUAGUGAGCAGAAGUGGCUGCUAUCAAGGUGGCGCUUCAUUUUGCCGCAAUCGUAGAAGUUCUUACUGGGCACUGUCCAGUAGGCAUUCAUGCGGUAAGGCUAUGCUAUAAAAAGACAACAGACGAUCUAAGCGUUCAAGGUUUUUAGCACGUGUGGAGUCGGUUAUGCCCACGGUUUUUAGGAAAUGUGGUCAGUGAUUUGAUUAUUAAAACGCUAACUUCGAGAAUUUCCGAGAGAACACUUCAUACCGGAUUUUGUAUAAAAUUCUUAAACUGGCUUUUAUAACGUAAAACUCUUAUUUUGAAGAAAUUGAAUUUGAUUUUUUGAUCGAGGAGUUACUAGUUUUCAACACUGAAAAUUAAUCGGAUUGCGUCCCAUUUUCAGUAAACUUGGAAGCAUUGACUUGGCGGCGAAUUUAGCCACUUCAUUGAGUUAGACGUUUUCGGUUCGAAACAAAAAAUUCUUUUUCAAUCAAACAUUUUUCAUUUGUUAUAUUUUUAUUGGAAAGCAGACAAUUGGUGAAAUUUAACGAAAUUAUUUGAAUAUCUAGCGUUUAUUUGUUAACAAAUUUUUCGAUAUCAAAAGCAAAAACAAGUCACUAGCAUUUGUUGAUGGGAUUUCGGUAUCAGGAACUAAAAGACAGGGGGGACAGCAUAGAACUUGAGCACAAGGAAAGCUAUACAACCGAGCGCAGUCACAACGGUUACAUUAAACGACAUAAGACCGUAUUACGCGAACGAUUUCCACACCCGAAUGCCAAGGAAGCGCACAAGCAGCAGAAACACACAAAGCGCAGCGCCUACACAACAACACUUAGACCAGAAACAGCAUCGGAGCGAAACACCACCACCGAAACAUUGGGCAACUCGCCGGAGAGUGGCGCCUUGCUGACCACUUGCCGUGACAAAUCGCACCUGGAACGCGCAGUCAAUCGCACUUCGGUGCAGUUGAAGCGUCUGGCACAUGAAAUUGAUAAUGAAAUUGCCAAAUUGAAACGGGAAAGGGACAAACUAAUGUUCAGGUCGCGUGCGCACCCUUUGAUGCGCAACGCUGCCAUACAAAACGAUCUGCACACGAAAAUCGAAUCGUUGGACAAGCUAAAGGAUUUCGAUACCCAGUUUGCCAAUAAUAUCGAGUUUACGAUUGAAAAAUUCUCGAGUCAGCAUAAGUUCGUUUGCACUUCACCGCGUUACGCGCGCGACGAACAAACUUCGUGUCGUCCGCGCAUGCGCACAAUUGGCCUGCAGAAAGAUACACAACGCGGCGGUGUUGAGGAUAAUUUGCAAAACCUUAAGGCCAAACUCAACGCUGCCAUACAUUAUUCGGCCACCAAUCUGGCGGCUUUAAAGACGAAAGGGUUGCUCGACACCACACCGCCCAACUGCUAUGCUUUUGAUUAUGGCGGCACGGGCGAUGGUCAGAACGCUGUGAAUGUUUAUCACUUGCAGAAUUGUCGUUGCGCUGGCGGUUGCAAUCCGAAUGACUGCAAUUGCACGAAGACCUGUGAGCGCUACAAUAACGUUGGCAAUUAUAAUGGCAUGUUAUGUAAUAAAAACACGUAUGUGGAGAAGGCACUUACGCCAUGUAAAGAGUACAAAUAUUGCCGCGAUGAAUAUCAUUAUAAUUAUCCGUCGCAGAAUAAAUGUGUAGUGCCGGCGACGAACCAAUCAUGUGUGCCAUGUUCGCCUUGUGUGCCAUGCUAUCAGCCCUGCCAGCCGUGUCAGCCUUGUCAGCCAUGCACACCCUGUUUACCGCCUUGUCCAACCUAUAGUGAGUGUCAACCAGCCAAGCCGCAGGCAAAAGUUAUCUAUGGCAGGCGUGUGAGUGACUUAAAUACAGAAGAUUUCUAUCAUCCCACCGCCUCGCCCACCACCAAAUCAUUUAAACAUGGCAGUCCAAGGCACUCCAAGAAUAAGGAGCGUUUGACGGUCGAUGUACCGAAGGAUGGACGCACACUUGUUGAUAUUGAAAGAAGUGGUGAUCGCUCGCGUAGCAAAACGCGUCGAAAAAACGAGAGCGAAGAUAAGGCAAGGCAGCGCACUUCGAAAGCUUAUGACGUCUCUGCGCGUAAAGCGAAUGAGAAGCAUCAGGUGCGCGAGCGUAAGGCACGUCAGCGGAGUGAAUCGUCGGGUAGUGUCGACUCAUCGGAGAAGGCACAUCAAAUGAAGAGCAAGGAAAAACUGCUGGAAAUAACUUUUACAAAGGAGCGACGUCACAAGCCCUCGUCUGAGUCAGAUGAAUGUAUUACGUACGAGCUGCCAAAAGCAAGUCGAGAGUAUUCACGUGAGACAAAACGCUCUCUGAAACAGAUGACGAUUACAGCCUAUAAACCCUGUAAGCCGGGCGAAAGUGAAGGCAAAUUUGAUUUAGAUCGAAAGAAGAAGCAAAAGAGCAAAGCACAAAGUGCUGAUGACGAUAAAACGUGGGAUGAACGGUUAAGACAAAUGGAAUAUCCACCUGAACCAGAUGAAUGGCACGCUGGUAUUCCCACUAUAACAGAAGUUCUCGAUGAUUACCGCAUUGGUGAUACCUAUGCUAGCGAUGUACCUAAAAUGGUACAGGAACCCACUGAAACUCAAUAUAGGACAGGCUAUGGGGAGUUUUUUCAGGUAUCACCGCAGCGAAGUUAUGACAUAAUGCCGGUACAAAAAAAUACAGUGCGAGAUCUGCCCCCAUCUCAAAGUCCCGAACGUGGACGACGCAUACAACGAGAAAGCCCGAAGAGGCCUGGUGAGAAACCAGUUGGAUCGCAUCAAAGAGAACGAACUGUUAGCGGCACUGGACGAGAUGAACAACCCAGACUUGGGCCCGACGGCAGACAACGGGAAUCGUAUGAAAAAGAUAGAUCGGAAGUAUUUAGAGCAUAUGGACUUGAAGAGAAACCCAGAAUAGAGAAGGGCUACAGAUCUAUUGGAAAACAAGAUACUGAGAGGAGCUAUGGUCGAGUUACUGAUGAGCGGUGGUCUCCAAGCGAACAGAAACCCAGAUUAGAUAAAGGCUACAGAUCAGUUGAUAAACAAGGUGCAGACAGGAGCUACGGUCGAACUUACGAUGAACGACGGUCUCCAAUCGAACAUAAAGCCAGAUUAGAUGAAAGCUACAGAUCUAUUGGUAAACAAGGUGUUGACACGAGAUACGGUCGAACUUACGAUGAACGACGGUCUCCAAUCGAACAGAAACCCAGAUUAGAUGAAGGCUACAGAUCUAUUGGAAAGCAAGGUGCUGAGAGGAGCCACGGUCGAACUUACGAUGAACAGCGUACUCCAACCGACUAUGUUCCAUCAAAACAAGAGGAGGAAAGACGUGAACCAAACACUUUGUACGAUGGCACUUACGAACCUAAAUUCACUUCGAGUACACCUCGUUCCGCACGUGACUAUGAGCGAGGUAUUAAAUCAGAUGAAAGGUAUGAUCCUCGUGGUUCACCGCGUAAAGCUUAUGAUGAGCCCAGGUCUGCGCAAAUGCCGGGCAGAAUUUACAGCCCAGAUGAAACACCACGUUCGGCACGCUAUGAAACUCAUAGUCCUACACCACAUAGUCCGACACGUAGGAUGGAGGACCCUCAUACCUAUACUCCAGACGCGAAACCUCGUUUCGCUCGUGGAUUGAAAUCGGACGAUAACAUAGAAUUUGAAGGAUUUUCACCAUCCCACUCCCGCGAUGAGUAUGGAAAACCAGAAGGAAAAAGGUCUCCAAAAGACCAUAUUAGUGAAACCGACCAGAGAGUGGAGACGGAUCACGGACAAAUAAGUGAGAGAAAAGUUAGGAAGGAAGAAGAUUUCAAACAGGAAGAAGUUAAUUUAAUGAGGACCGAUCAACUUGGAGAUAUAGACUUAUCUAAAAAACCGGAAAUUUCGGCCAAAGAUAUGAAAUAUAAAGCGGAUACACAAAAGGCAGGCACAUAUAUAGAUGACUACAGUCCUAAGGCAGACAUUAAGGCUGAGAGUACAGACACAACUAAUAGAGCUGCGAGCCCUACGACUAGCACUCCACGUACGGGGAAACAGCCUGGUACCGAUAGAGGACGUACAGGUAGCGAAGAUAUAUUUGAAAAUGUACCGCCAGUUCCAGAAAUUACAAUUGAGGAUACAGACGAAAGCGGUAGGAGUGCACCUAGUGGAAGAGGGAAAAGCCCCGUAAUUAGUUUACGUGACCAGGCUAAAUCAGCCAUUAAAGGUGAAAUUUCGCAGGAACCAGAACAAUUAAGAUCCCCAAAAUAUAAGGAUCGGGACAAACUGCGACAGUUGGAUAGCCGUAGUCAGCCAGAACAAAUAAGAAGUAGUCCGGUUAGACAACCGGGCAUCCACGAUGGUGCUGUAAUAGGUGGAGGCUUUACUAGAUCGGACACAGCUGGCGUCAUGGGUGGGUCUGCAAGUCCACUAAGUCCUUUUCCUAGUCUUGAAACGCCAAAAAUUUAUAUGAAACCUCGAGCAUUAUGCACUGAUUACGGUACCGCGUGUUUUCCUUCAACUGAAGACGAUUGCACUAGACGUACUAGUCUACGUGGCAACUGCGUUGCGAACGCGGGAGAUGCUUAUAUGUGCAAGCCAUGCACUACACAGUCAACUUCACCGUCAGCGUCUCCACGCCAAUGUUUAUGUCCAGCAGAAAAUAGAGGUGAAAUUCCUUAUGAGAAGCUAGGCGAUCAAUACGAACAUUCGCCGGUACGUCAAUUAGCAGCUAACUCUCAUAUGGCUGUAGCACUGCAGUCCGACGCCGCAGUUACCAAUUAUAAGCCAUUAUCGCAACAAAGUUUAUCGAAGAGCUGCAUAACUUUGCGCUCGACCGGAACACAGUACUCAGCAACGAUUAUCGAGCAAAAGGAAGAUCGCUGUGCACCACAGUACGUACCGCUGCCGAAAGAAUGCAGUGAAAAAUAUGCAGAUCAAGCAAAAAGCUCUGCAGCGCCAUCUACAUGUACAUGUGACUCCCCACGUCAGAGCCAAAAAUCGCCGCAUUCAACUUCGGAUAGUAUCAAAAAAAAAUACCAGUUCCUAUGUGAGGAAAACAAUGAGGAGCAAAAUGGAAAGGUGCAACUAAAGAGCAAUGAAGAGUGGUGUGGUAGAGUGGAAAUAAACUCGGAGAAGAGACACAUUUUCAUUGCGCAACAUAAACAAAAACCACCAAUUCAAUGCGUAGAUGAGCAGAACUAUUUGUUACCAUGGCAACAGGAUGAAAAAUUUAUACCGGGCCAACCAAUAAGUAGUUGCAAUAUGACACCUUGGCAAAAUGGGCCAAUGAAGUUCUUGCAAACGGUACAAAAAAGUCCGCGCUUUCAAAACUACGCGGAACGUAGAACGCCAAGGUUUAAUGCCACAAUGCCGCCGCAUCAAGAAAUGCCGGAAGAAGAAGAUAGAUGUGCAGAAGAACUAUCACAGUACAAGCCGCAGACGCGUGUGCAAUUUAUGGAACAAUACAGCAACUGUGACCCGGCCUGCUAUGCCCAGGAUGGAGCAGCGAAUUUACAAAGUGAAACUGCGGAGCCUAUGCGCGACUGCACGCCAAGAGGACGCCUAAGCUUCGCUUAUGGCGGCGAAUACCAGCAGAUACCGGAAUUCACUGGCUGUCCUUGUAUGUUCAAAACUUAUCUAAAUAUGGUGACACUCUACUAUCCCGAUUUUCGCGUACAACUGCGGGAGGAUUGCGUCGAAAUUGAGGACGAUGAUGAUGAUGAGUGCAAUGAAUGAUGAUUAAAUGUUAUAAUUUCGAUUGGGUCGAAGUUUCAAAUAUUUGAAGUAUGUGCACCGCUAAUUUAUUUUGCUCAGUUUUUGUGCUGGUUCACACUUUAUUAUUUUUUUGUUUGUACUAAAAACAAAAACGAAAACAAAAAAACAAAGAAAAACGCAAGACAUUUUAUAAAAAUUAUUUAAGAGUAAAAACGGAACAAAUGUUAAA